UGGGACGGGCUAAAUCCUGUCCAAUGGCAGCUUUUGUUGAAGUGAAGGAUAAGCUAUUUUGGGGUUUUCUGUUCAUAACUUUUAAUCAAGACAGUGUCAAGCUGUGGACCAAGACAUUUCGGGAAAAGGAGAAGUGAUUUCCUAACAACUCAUAGCUGGCCAGGGCCGUUGUUAUGGAUCAAGAAAGUUAUUUGCGUCCAGGAGAUGAUGGAGACCUAUCAGUCCUCAUUGAUCAGACGGUGCUGAGGCUCCAGGGUGCUGUUACCAUGGCACUGUCACAUGUCCGUCAGAGAGUUAAACAGACCCUUGUUGUGUCCUCUGUUGUCUUCCUGCUCCUCUGGAUGGCAGCCUUUUUAUACGGGAGCUUCUACCACUCCUACAUGCCCAAGGCAGCUUUUUCCACACCUGUGCACUAUUACUACAGGACCGACUGUGAAUCUCCUGCCUCGUUUUUGUGCUCUUACCCAGUGGCCAACAUCUCACUGAUGAGGAACAAGAAACAUGUGCUGACAUUUGGCCAGGCCUAUCGGGUCUCUCUGCAGCUGGAGAUGCCCGAUUCUCCAGUCAAUCGGGAGCUGGGGAUGUUUAUGAUCAAGACAACAUAUUUCUCUCGGGAGGGAGGACAAGUUGCCUCCUCUGCUCGCUCUGCAAGACAACUGCUGUCCUCAGCCAGCUCUCGCUUUAGCAUGCUGCGAUACCGUUCAGACCUGCUGAGGCACCUGGGAACGCUGCUGUUCCUCCCGGCCUUUCUGAGCGGAGCCACUGAGCAGAAACAAGUGCUGGAGGUGGAGCUCUUCUCAGACUACACAGAUGACCCUUACGCUCCUUCCGUCUCAGCGGUCAUUGAGAUCCUGUCCAACAAGGUGCAGAUAUACUCAUCUCAGUUCUACAUUCAUGCUCAUUUCACUGGUUUAAGAUACUUGUUGUUCAACUUCCCUCUCCUCUCAGCCCUGGUGGGCGUGUCCAGCAAUUUUGUCUUCCUCAGUCUCCUGUUCGUCCUCAGCUACGUGAGGCUGCCGUUGAAAGUGGAAUGGGCACCUGAGCAGGUGAGAACAGAUGGACUGCUGUCAGACGGGGAGAGCAUGAAUAACAGCCAGCAAGAGGAUGAAAAAGAUGCUGCUACAGGUGCAAAAGCGCAGGCAGUGCUGCGGAGGCACUGGGUCCCCUCCACAUCACCCCCACAAAUCUGAGCCAGGAGGAUCCCCAUUUGCACUUUGGCAACAGCACAGAGGUGCACAACAGACAGAUACGUGAUCAGGGAGAAAGAAAUGAGUCAGAAGAAGCAUGAGGCCGUUAAUAAAAGUGAGGGAGAAAUUGGAUUGGGAUCUCGACAGCAAGAUGUAACGAUAGAGAUUUAAGAGAGACAUGUGGUUGAAAAUUCUCUAAAGCAUCCAUACACUCCUGAAUAAUGUGCUUGGUGAUCACCUGAGCUGCCCUGCCUGGUGUUUCAGCUUUAAUGUCAGGACCAUAGGAUUUAUGGGACUGA